AUGGCUCUGAAGAUUCAGCUCAGUUCCCCCUUCUUCUACUCCACCUCGCCUACCUCCACCCACAAACCCACCACACGAAUCUCAUGCAUCACCGCCGGCGAAGGCGGCAUCUGCGACGCGGCACUGGCGUCGGAGCUGGCGGUUAGGGUUGCGAGAAUGAACGCGCAUUCGGUGAAGGCGGAGGAGGCCAUGAGCAAGAGCAGAAAGCUCCUCUUCGGAGAGCUGUGCGAGUAUAUGGGCCUCAACGAAGAGCAGGCCCAACAUAAAUGGAGCAGCAUGGAUGAAGACGAGAAAUUGGUAUUGGUGAAAGCUUUUCUGAAAAAGUGGGGUUCGCAUUUUCACCCCUUGUCCGCCAGGUCCACCAAAGAGAUGUUGGAGGAAUAUCUACGUCAGGGGAACGCACCUCCCAAGCCUCCUGCUUCGUCCUUCCUCUCGGGACUCAACAGAAUUAUUGGUUUUCCGUAG